AUGGAUUCUAUGAAGAAAAAAUAUCAAGGCUCAACAAGGGUAAAACGACAACAACUUCAAGCUCUUUGCAAAGACUUUAAGACUCUUCACAUGAAGGAGGAAGAGUCAGUUGAUGGGUAUUUUGCUAGAACGUUGACUAUAGCAAACAAGAUGCGUAUUCAUGGUGACAACUUGGAAAAUGUUGCUGUGAUUGAAAAGAUCUUGCGGUCGAUGUCUCCCAAAUUCGCAUAUGUGGUCUGCUCAAUUGAAGAAUCAAAGGACAUUGAUGUUUUGUCCAUUGAUGAACUGCAAAGUUCUUUGCUGGUUCAUGAGUAG